UUUUGAUUUGGAAGUUGCAAUCGAUUUAAGAAAGAAAUGUCAAGUAAAUCAUCAAAACUCAUUCAUCAUCAAACUCAUCAAUCAAUUCAUCAAAAUGAACGAGAAGACCAUCAAGUAGAACCAGAAGAAGAAGAAGAAGAUUCAUUAAAAGAUUUAGAUUUAGAUGAUAUCGAUUCACUUCGAACUCAAUCCAUCAAAACCUUUCAAUCUAAUCUACAAACGAUUUAUUCAAAGUAUGAAGGUGAUGGUGAUGAAGAAGCUGAUGAUGUAGUAGAUCUAGUGAAACUAGAAGUCAUUGAAGAUCGAGGAAAGAUUAUCAAAACACUUGGAACUCGUCAAGAUCAUUUACGUUAUCAAACUCAAACUUGGACAAAGCCAUCAUCAAAGAAAUCCACUUCAAGAAUCCAAUCUAAUCAACCUUUAACCGAUUUGAUCAUUCCAUCUGAUACGACUUGUAGUGAUGAAGAAGCUGAUUGGAUUGAUGAUGAGAUCGGAUCUGUUUCAUCUUCUUCUGAUUCUAUCAUCUUUCUAACCCAACCUACAUCUUCUAAUCAUCGGCUUCCGACCCGUAGCUUAGCUUCAUCUCCACUCACCCUUUCAAAGAUCUCACUACGAUCAGAACUUCCUAAAUUAUCUUCUCCUUCCAAACUAUCGACUUUACAAUCUUUUCAACAUAUUCAUGGUACGGCUACCAAUGCACUCUUUGAAAGACUAAAACAACGCGUUCAAGAAAAAUCUAUAGAUCUUCGACAACUUCGUAACCAAAACAAACCUAGAGAAACUAGUCAAGAGAGUGAAGCUUCAUCACAACUUUAUACGAAGAUCUCCACCUACACUGCUUCCGAUAUCGUCACCGAAUCAUCAUCCGAACCAUGGAAAGAUUCAAAGCCUUCAUCAACCUAUCGCACCGAUCCAUCUGGAAGCUCUUCACGACAUUCUCUUUGCUCAUCUUCUAUCACUCCUCGUUAUUCAAACCCACAUCCAAACUCGCUUCAACAUUCUCUUUCACCCAUCUCAGCCUCAAAGGUUUCAUCCAAUAAACGUCCUAGACCGGUCUUUGAGUCUAAUUGCUUACCUACUCCCAGUACUAUCAUCUGUCCUAGACAACCUCGGCCUGGUCCAUCACGUCUGAAGCAUGAGCUCAAUCUUCGAACCAAUCCCAAAGACUCUCAUCGACCGAAGCCUAUACCAUCGAGACUGAAAGCUGUCAAUCCAAGUCAAUCGAAUCCUUCAAAACCAUCUACAAGUCGACCUGUUAAAUCAUUACCUAGACCUCAUCGACGUAGUACCACAUGGAUUGAUCCCAAACCGAUCCCAUUGAACCGAUCGUCACGUGAAAGUUCAGAAGAUCCACUUGGUUUACCACCUACACCUUCUAGAAGAAGAUCAGAAGCUAGAUCGAAACCAAACGGAUUCCAACUUCAUCAAAUUCCUAAACCUAAAUUGAAACCCAAUCAUUUCCUACUUCAUCAAAUUCCUAAACCUAAACCUAAACUUGAAAUGAGUUAUAAAUCAAAAGAAACGUCCAAGAAGAAUGAAGGGGAAAUGAUGGGUUGAAAUUGUUUUGGAUUUUUUUGCUUUGGUUCCAAAACAUCAUUUUCUUUCUUUUUUUUUUUGAUUCAAAAGUUUAUAUAUUGCUCAUUAUUAUUAUUGCUCAUCAUUAUCUUAUUGUUAUGAUUUUUAUUAUUAUUAUUAUUACUUUAGGAUUUCAAUCUUUUUUGAUCAUUUUUGAAAAAAUUAAUAUCUGUUUUUUUAUGUUUGUUGAGGUUUAAGUUGGAUUUGAAUGUUUGAUGUAAAUACAUACAUAUAUAUAUAUACCUUAUAUAGGAAGAUUAUAAGUUACAAUUUUUUAAGAAAUUGAUAUGGAUAGGUAGGGGGAUAAGCAGGAGAUCUUUAGAAAGAUGAUGGAAAUAAAUUAAAACUAAAGUCAGGUUUGGAUGAGUUCUUUUUUGCAAAACAGAGAAAAUAAGGUCCAUACAUAC